AUGGAUCUGAUCCAGUACGUCAUCGCGCUACGGGCUGCAAGACAUUCGAUGAGCUGCAGUAGAGGAGGUGGUUGUCCUGGUCCAAAUGUCAGCUCACUGCAGACACCUGGAGAUUUGAGCUUUUUCUCCAAUCAGCUUGCUGUCCCCACAGUGGAGUUCACAUACUCAGAGUUCCCUAAAACAGAGAGAGCGUUUUUUCUCUCGGAGGCAUUUUCCCCUCCUGAGUCUUCAUUAAGAGAGACCUUGGAUCCAGCCUUCGAACUCCAUGAGAAUAUUGCCAAGAUAACAGCCGAGGCCAUCCUGCGACUCGCUACAGAUCCCGUUCUUCCAUUUUAUCCUCUGGAUAUCGCUCUGGAUGUUCAGAAGAAACUCAAAGAUGACCCACUGAGGCGGCCAGACCUGCUGUACGUGGCUGCAACUUUGAGGGACAACUCGGCUUUCUUCCAAUCUGAGGUCAUGCGUCCUGCCAAUGACCCCAAAGAGAGAGAUCCUGCCCAUUUACGCAUGCUCAACGACAUCCUACGAGAUCUGGAAAAAAGCUUCCUUAUCCCGAACCCACCUCCUGGCUUUUCCAGGAACAUUCUCUAUUGCUUGAGCAGACAAACUCCAUGCUUCUCUAUCCUGAAGAAUGCCCUGGAGGUCCCCUGGCACAACAGCGUCAACCAGUCCCUGACUCUGGUUUCCAGCGCCAUCAGUUCAGCUGACAAACUCGUACAAAGUGGACUCGACCUGUUUGAGAAUGAAAAUGACAUCCCGAAGUGA